AUGAUUCGCUCUUGCAAAAUUCGUUGGUGUAGUUUAAAUGUAUUGAAAAGUCGUGAAAGUUUGAGCUGUGCUAAUAGAAAGUACUCAAGUAGCCAGGAUGCGGUGUUGCCGAAACAAGCCGAUGUCAUUGUUAUAGGCGGAGGAGCGGCAGGAUGCAGCACCCUCUAUCACCUUGCCAAGCGCGGCAUAAAUGCCAUCCUGCUCGAGAGACACCAAAUCACGAGCGGAACGACGUCUCACAGCGGCGCCCUGGUCUGGUCACUGCGCUCCUCCGACGUCGAAAAUCUCCUGCUGAAGAAAACCAGAGAUUUGCUCGCCGGAUUGGAGCAAGAAACGGGACUGAGCCCCGGAUGGACGAGUAACGGAGGAAUGUUCAUAGCCAGGACUCCAGAAAGAUUGGAAGAGUACAAACGCUUUCAUACAUUAGGUCAUUACCACAAUUUGGAAAGCCAUGUGAUCUCCCCCGGGCAGGCUAAAGAACUCGCCCCGAUACUGGACCCCAAGGCCUUCCACUCGGCACUUUGGUCACCUGCCGAUGGCUACUGCGAUCCCACAAUGUACUGCAACUCUUUGAUAAAAGGCGCCAAGACGAAAGGAGCAAAAGUGUUCGAGCACAUCCAAGUAAAGAAAUUGCUCACGGAGCCGACGCCUAAUAACGAGCAGAAAAUCGUAGGCGUGGAGACGACGCAGGGGCGCAUCAAAACCACCGCGGUCGUGAACGCUGCGGGCGCUUGGUCCAGACAGCUCACCCAAACCAUCGGCCUGGAUCUCCCGUCGACGCCCAUGAAGCACGCCUACAUCAUCACGGGCAACGUCGCGAAUUCGCAGGGAUUGCCGCAGAUCAGAUGCCACGACAGCAGCCUGUACUUCAGACCGCAGGGCGAUUCCAUACUGCUCGGCGGGUACGAGCCCAAUCCGAUUUUCAUCAACGAGCUGCCGGACGAACCGUUCCACUUGUACGAGAUGGACAUGUCCGUUUUCGAGCAGCAUUGGAAGAACGCCUUGCACCUUUGCCCGACGUUCCAGAAGGUCGGCAUCAAGAGCAGCGUUUGCGGCGUGGAAACGUUCACGCCCGACCACAAACCUCUGAUGGGAGAAGACCCCAAAUGCGUGGGUUUGUUCCACUGCAACUCCUUCAAUUCCUUGGGCGUCAUGCUCAGCGGGGGCGUGGGAGACUCCAUGGCGAGCUGGAUAGCGCUCGGUCGGCCGGAGCUGCCGCUCCAUAUGUACGACAUUCGAAGAUUUACGCCCAUUCAGAGGAAAGACAGAGCCUGGGCGAACGAAAGAAGCCACGAAGGCUACGCCAAAACGUACAGCAUAACCUACGCGAACGAUCAACCAUUGGCGGGGCGGAAUCACAGAAUCGACGCCUUCCACGAGGCUCUUGUGGCGAACGGCGCCGUAAUGGAAGAGGCCCUCGGAUGGGAAAGGCCAGCUUAUUUCAUCAAGGAUCGCACGGCUCCCAUUAGAGGAUACGAUUGGAACGGUUUCUACGGUCACAUGGCCAACGAAGACACUCGGUAUAUAAAGGAAUUGGAUGGCGAUCUCACCUUCGACUUUCCCAAACACCACGACCUGAUUCGAGAGGAAGCUUUGGCAGCCCGAAACGGCGUGGCUCUGUUCGAUUUGACCAGCUACGCGAAAAUGUACCUGGCAGGACCGGACGCAGUAGAAGCGGCCGAUUGGUUGUUCACCACUAAUCUGGAUAAGGAGCCAGGCAGUAUUAGCUACACCUGCUCCUUGAAUUCCAGAGGUGGCGUAGAAACUGACGUGACCGUUAUUCCGUUAGAAGAAGGACAAGGGACGUUAGUAGGACCUAUUUUCAAAGGCAAAGGUUUCUACAUAGUAGCAGGAGCGAAGUCAGGGUACCAAACGAAAGCUCACUUUAGGAAGCAACUUUAUAGGAAAAACUUCAAAUCACUAGUCACAGAAAUGACCAACCGAAUAGGAAUUCUCGCAAUUCAAGGGCCGAAAAGUCGAGAACUGUUACAAUCUAUAACGGAAUUCCCCAUUACCGAUGAAAAGCUCCCCUACGGAAUGUCCAAACUGCUGAAAAUCGCCGGGCACACUUGCAGAGUGUUAAGGGUUAGCUACAUUGGCGAAUUGGGAUACGAAAUUCACAUUCCCUUAGCUUCGUGCGUUCCCGUUUACAAAAGACUCAUCGAAGCUGGACGGGGAUUCGAUCUGAAGAACGCCGGAUUUAGAGCUUUGGAUUCUCUCAGUUGCGAAAAAGGUUACCAUUCGAUGAACCACGAUCUGCGUGUUGACGACAAUCCCAUCGAAGCUGGUCUGGGAAGGUUCUGCAGGAAAGACGGCCAGUACUUGGGCAAGCAAGCCGUGGAAAAGUUCAAGCAGGAAGGCGUUAAGAAGAAGAGAGUGUUCCUGACCAUGCAGGAUCCUGUGGCGCUCUAUGGUUACGAGACGAUCUGGCGGGAUGACACCAUGGUAGGAAUAGUGAGAAGGGGAACUUAUGGGUUCAGCUUGGAUUGCAGCAUAGGCGUCGGGUAUAUCGAGCACCCCGAAGGCAAAGUAGUGGACAAUGAAUUCCUGAAGCAAGGAAACUACCGAAUCGAAGUAAGAAACACCAAAUAUCCGGCAACGUUGUAUUUGAGCAGCCCGUUCGAUCCCAAAAACUUGCGAUUGAGAGGACAGUAUGAGAAUCAAUUCGAAGAGCAAACGCACUUCGAAGAUUGA